AUCAUGGCGGACCUUCUGAGUAGUUCUUCUAAACUGGCAGAAGUUGAAAUGAAACCUUGUGGCGAGGCCAACGUGCCGGUAGGUUUCAUAUUUCAUUUACGAGUAAAUAGGUUGAUCGAAUAGUUUUGUUUCGCGCGGGAAAAUUUAUUUUCUAUUCGCCCUUUUCUCUUAAAGAAUGAGGAGAAAGCGUUUUUGGCGGUUGAUGUGAACGCGGGAACCAAGGUUCUUACACACGAGGACAAUCAGGGCGAUGAAAGCGACGAAUUUGAUCCUUGGGCUUUGCCAGAACUUAAGGACCUUGGGCCAAAGUGGUCUGGUAAGUUGUCUGUCAGCUUCUCUACUUUCUUCCGCACAGCGCGGUCGAUUUUUGUCAAUUUUUAUUGGGUUUGAUGGUUUUCCCGCUUCUUCUGAUAACGGUCACGUUUUGCGCGCCAACAGAACUCGACUGUAAAGGGAAGUUUCUUCGCGUCGCCUUGGCGUUCACGAAGAUUGUCCUACUCCUUGGUCUUCUGUACUUUUUCAUCUGUUCGUUGGAUUUCCUGAGCAGUGCCUUUCGCCUGUUGGGGGGAAAAGCCGCUGGCGAGGCCUUCGCCUCGAAUAAAAUCCUCAGCAACCCCGUGGCUGGUCUUAUGAUUGGCAUCCUGGCAACUGUUCUUGUUCAAAGCUCGUCCACUACAACUUCCAUCGUGGUCGCAAUGGUGGCUGCUGACAGUAAGUUUUAUUUUGCUUUUCUUUUAAGGAAUUUUUCUAAAUUCUCGCUGGGUAAAUGAAGGUCUGUUUUUUUUUUACUCCUAAUUUGUUACAAUACUGUUAAAAGCGACCUCCUUAUCUAAAGGUCACAAAUUAUGUCCGAUCGACGGCGUGACCUUUCGUUGUCCAGAUAUUUUCGACGUGGGUUAAAUAUAGUCCAAACUGUCUUAUCGGGAAAAUCAAUUACUGUAGUAAAAUUAUAGUGUUACGGAUCGCAUCUCUUUCCUAAGUCACAUGUACAUUUGCGUAAAUAUUAUGGAAUUAGACAUGCAACACGCAGCUGGGAUUACUCUCAACAAGUGGGAGUAAAACCUACGUAAGCACGUAAUCUUUGUUCGAAACAUGCUAGCACGUUAAAUGGAUUACUCUUAACAAACAAGUGGCGAUCGGUUAACUUAAACACGAAUGUUUUUGCAAAAGGUGCCAGCGUGCAACAUAAGAAAAUCAAAUCACUUCCACUGUUGGACCUGGUAAAGGCUAGAUUAUUUUUCAUCCAGUCUGUAAAAUCUAUGGACCAAAUUCCAAAAGUGUUACCAUUUGAAUGACACUGCCUUGGCAAAACGUUUGCUUAAUAUUAUUUUCUCUCAGGAUUUUGCAGAACCUCAUCCUGAAAAAUGCUGCUCUUAACAAAGAUAGCAUUACAACUGGAAUAUUAGUUCAUCCUACCGAUACCUUUGUGAAUAGAAGCUUUACACACUGUACAUGUAUAACUGUUUUCCAACCAAAGUUUUGGAUAGUAAUCAGUGUUUAUGUUGUAUUUCCCAUGAGUUUGAUUGAGCAGGGUAAAAAUCAGUUAGUCAAUUUAAAAUGACAGAUAAAUUUAGGCGGAAAAUUUAGAAACAUUCGAUUUUUAAAGAAAUGAAAAAGCGUGAAUCACAGGAUUCUCAUUGAGAAUUCUAGUAGCAGGAGAAAGGUGUAACGUUAUAGGAAAAUAUUUUGAAAGAGGCUCCUCAUGUGAAUAAAAAAUAGUCCCAGGCAACCAAACCUUAGCUGGAGAAUUUUUCAUUGUAAAUGGGGUAUUCUCUAGUCUCUGAUGUCUGAUGAAGAUCCUGGUAUCAGUUUUGCUUGUCUUUGUGAUUUGGAAGAGAGUUCCACGGCAUGGAGGAGGAGACAACUGAAAGGGCUUGUCUUAUCAUAGUAAAUCAUUUAUUGCGAACUUGCAUGUAAAUCAGUGAAAAGUUUUUUCUUUUGUGAUAGCUUAAAAUAAUCUUUUUGGAGGUUAAUUAUUUUAUCAAGCUACUGUCCUAGCUCCAUGGCCUCAAUUUCAUGACAAAUUCUUACAUUUUAAACAUUAACUGACUCACUUAACCUGUCUGACAAGAAGAUGAACUGGUCUUGUUCAAAGGCAAAACUUGUAGUAAAAUUGGUUCUCAAUAUGUGAAUUGUAGAAAAUAUAAGUGUCUAACAGGAACUCAAUUGUUUUCAGUUCUGGCUGUUAAACCUGCUAUUCCAAUUGUGAUGGGCGCCAAUAUUGGGACAUCAGUCACCAACACCAUUGUCUCCUUAGCUCAAGCUGCCGAGCGAAAUGAAUUCCGUCGUGCCUUUGCUGGAGCCGUUGUACACGAUAUCUUCAACUGGUUGUCAGUCAUUGUGUUCUUGCCAAUGGAGGUCAUUACUGGCUACCUGCGUCGAUUGACAGGAGAGAUUAUUGGAGUUCUUGAUUUAAAACAGGCUAAAGGAACCAACAAAAAGCUGCUCAAGACUGUCACACAACCAUUCACCAAGAUGAUCAUCCAGUUAGACAAGAACAUUAUAAAGAAGAUUGCCCUUGGGGACAAAUCGGCUGAUUCAAAGUCCUUGAUCAAAAAUUGCGAACCUAAAGUAACUAUUGAAGAAGUUAAUAAGACUUUCAGCAACUCAACUUAUUUCACUUAUGAGCUGGUAAAUGAGACAAAAGAAACACCAGCCAAGUGCAAGUUUCUUUUUGCCGGCACAACAUUGAGUGACACAGAAGUGGGCAUCAUAAUCCUGGUUGUAUCCAUCAUCCUUCUCUGCAUCUGCCUUGUGUCAAUCGUCAAAAUCCUUCAUUCCAUGCUCCGUGGUCAGAUGGCCAAGAUCAUCAAGAAGACCGUCAAUGCAGACUUCCCAGGACCAUUCAAGCAUCUCACUGGUUACUUGGCCAUCUUGGUUGGUGCUGGUUUAACUAUGUUGGUGCAGUCUAGUUCCAUCUUCACCUCUGCCCUCACACCCCUUAUCGGAGUUGGAGUGGUGACUAUCGAACGUGCCUUUCCACUUACCUUGGGUGCUAAUAUUGGAACAACUGCAACUGGUAUUUUAGCAGCCCUGGCUAGUGACUCAAACUUGGACAAAGCUCUCCAGAUUGCCUUUUGUCAUCUCUUCUUCAACAUCUCUGGUAUCAUGUUGUGGUAUCCAAUCCCUUACCUGCGCAAAGUUCCCAUCAAUGUUGCAAAGACCCUAGGCAACAAAACUGCUGACUACCGCUGGUUUGCCAUAGCGUACUUGGUGUUUGGUUUCUUCCUCCUUCCAGCAGCUGUCUUUGGCUUGUCGCUGGCUGGUUGGCAAAUCCUCCUUGGUGUUGCGAUUCCAUUUGUUUUGCUCUUCUUGUUUGUUCUUGUUGUCAACAUCCUUCAGAGGAAAGCUCCAGAAAGAUUACCUGAGGUCCUCCAUGACUGGGAAUGGCUACCCAAAUGGACUCGUUCGUUGGAGCCACAUGAUCGUGUGUUCUCCAAAAUGAACGAGUUGAGAAAACUCUGUGGCUCCGAUAGAAACCGAAGGGGCCCAGAGUCCCGUGUUUAGUUAGCACUUGGUUUGUUGUAGUAAACUAUGGGGUUACCAGGAACUCCAUCACUAGUUUCACAACACAAAGGGCUGGUUAUUUAAACAGGGUUAAACCUAUAGUAACAAGGCUGUGUUCUGAGCCAGUUUCAUUGUGGUUAUCUGGAAUACUAGAACUUGAGGUAGCAUGUAGCACUGAAGAGAAAAAUAAAGAAGAAUGAAAGAAACAAAAAGAAAAAAAACAAAAACAAAAUCGAAAAAAAGGAUAUCUAUAUAAACAUAUCUGGAGAUGAAGAGGUCCAUGUUAGACUGUAUAAAUAACUGGCCCAUAGUGUUAUUCAACUUAUUUAGCUAGUGUCAUUAAGUACUUGAAGCCAUUUCUAACUCUCGUCUGUUUUCUCCUUUCAGUUCAUGAGUAACUUAAUUUAACAUUGUUUCAUAGUCAUUUUAAUAUUAUUUAUUGAUUUUUAUUUCUAAAAUCUUCACCUCAUUUUCAGAAGACGGCAGCAGUAACAAUUAAGUAAAUGCAAUCAAAUCUCUUGGCUGUGUGUAGUAACUGGAACUGGGCAUCAACUUUUUAAAGUUUAAGUUACAAGUGUAUACUGCUUGAAAAUGAGGUGUAGAUGCAUGUUAUGAUUUGUUAUGAAUGCUGUGUUCAUUUUGUAUAAUAAAGUUUGUAUUGACGUGCUUAUUGAGGUAAGUCUGAUAUUGGUAAUAUCGUUAAAAGUUGCAUUGUAUUAAUGCUAAGUUUGAAAAUAAACAAUUAAAAUGGGUUAAGUUAUAUUGAGUCUGGUGAAGCUUUUUUGCUAAAAAUUCUGUACCCUAUAUCGAAAUACAUCAUGCUUUAUAACCCUUUUGACUACCAUGCUACCCUCAAAUUUCCCAAGGCCCCUAAUUUGUAAAAAAACUGAACUUUUAAACACUGGAUGAGAGUUGGAGUUUUUUUAUGUCGGUGGGUUUUGUUAUUUAUGUGAGUGGUUAAGCUAAGGGAGAACAAACCUGUUUUGAGAAAGCCCUUCCCCAAAUUAUUUUAUUUGAGGGGUGGAGGGUUUGCCCAAAAUGCAACUGAAGAGAAGUUGCUAAAAUUGUGGUAUUUAUACCUCUGGGCUGGGUUGUUCAAAGCAGGGUUAAGUUAACUCAGGGUUAGUGUGAAGUUGGAUUUCAGAUAUGAAAGCUUGAGAAUCAAAUCAGUUUUAUUCUUUUUGCUCAAAAAGGAUCAGAAAAAAUUAUUUGGGAAAUGCGUUUGAAAAAGAACAAAAGAAAAAGAAACCCGGGUUUAAAUUUAACCCUGGGUUGGCGCUAAUCUGCCUUCGAACAACAGUGCCCUGGUCAUUUUCUUGAGAAUCUUAACCUUUCCCCUUACAACCCCCUCCUUAUCUCAACAAAACAAUUGGGAAGAACGAUUUAUAUGAUGCUGUUUCUGUUGUUUAUUGAUCUGAUGUCUAUUUGUUUCCUUCAUUUCCAGGUGCGUCGUCUUAAUGGAUAGUAAACUGAUUGAAAAAAAUAGUUAAAUUUGGUUUAUUUCUAUACAGCAAGUCAAACGUUUUGCUGCCUUAUUAGACAUGAGGCAUUCGCCUAAGACUUCACGGAAAUCGUAUUUCUGAAAAUUGAAUAUUCUCAAUGAAUAAACUGUUUCCUCGUGAAAUAAUUCCACAUCCGUCUCUAAGGUAGGAUGAAUUUGCUUUCAUUUGUUGGACUUGAAGUCGUUUUUCUAGUCAAUAAAAGUUUUAAACCGAAUUUGCGUGAUUCACGAUGAUUAUUAAUUUUUUUAAGACCAUAUCAAAACGCUGAAUUGGAGUGAAUCUGCGGUGUUGCAAAUUUACUUCAGUAUUCACAGCUAGGACGUGCUAACGAAGCUGAGAAAAUAGUGUUAAUACGAUUCGUUUUGCUUCCUUUUGACGAUUUUUUCCCUUGUGAGAUUUUAAAGCCUUGUCAUCGAAAUGGUGCCAACAUUUGCUUGUUGGGUUAAGUUAUGGGGUGGGUUUGCUUGGCCCUUAUAUGCCACUCGAGCGUAGAAGACAACUUGGAAAGAUGUGUAGACUCUGGAAUCUUGGAGGAAAUGAAUGAUCACUGCGACUUUUUUUUGGCUCUUUUGUUUUGCUUGUACCCACACAAGGUGUCGAGUCGGGGUUCAGGGUGUGUCCUACUACUAGAGAGUAUAUCCUCUGCUUAAAGGGUGCUUGUACCAUAAAUUAGGCGGCAAAUUUUGGGUUGUAAAUUUUAUCUAAACCGUGUUUUCAAUUACAGAAGAGAGAGAAAAUCCACUAUCGGAAAGUGUUUGUAAGUGAAUCGGCCGUGAUUAUGUUGGCACCAUUCGUUGUAGUGAACAAGGCUUUAAGCGGGGGAUAAGGGGUCUUUACCCUACCCUCUGUAAAUAAAACCGUUGGUAGCCCCUUCCCACUACACAGUUAUCGUUAUCUCCCACCAAUUAACAAGUCAUCUGAUCAGUACGCAGUGUAGUCUGUAGGUUGCGUGUCCAACCCAUUUUUACACAGUUCAGCGUUUUGAUUUGCAAGCCGUGAUCUGCUUGUUUAUCCUUCAAGGGUGUCUCCCGUACAAACCCUUGAAGUCUCCUUAUUCGCGAACAUUUGCGCGAACGCAAGCAAGGGGAGGAACUUCUCCUCAGAUGGUUAGUUUUAGCCUGCGUAGCAGGCGCUUGGAAGUAGUGGGCGCAAGAAAGAACGGGCGCGCGAGAGGGAGACACGUGAGAG